CACACUCUAGCUCUAAUGUCCUCCUGAAAGCAACAGUUCCUGCAGCUUAGAGGUCCCCUAGCGACCAUAUCCACUUUUAGCAAGCCGAUUAUUCAACCUCAAAUGCCUCACCUCCUUAAAAACAGCUUAUCCGAAACCAACGAGGAAGAGAUGAAUUACGAAUUCGGCCUCGAAAGCGGUUUUAUCAACAGCCGACCGUCACUCGCCGAGUGCCUGACAUCCCUCCCUCACCACCACCACCGCCGCCAUGCCUUCCGAAGCGCAUCCAUUAAGACCUCAACGCUCCCUCGUCCUCCUUCUCCCCCGGCUGCGGAUCUCCACGGUGGAUGGGAGCCACAGCUGCCCGUCACCGGCUGCGGUAGCCCCACUCACGACGGAGCAGCACCUUCCCCUGCCAGGGAGUACCCUUGGAUGAAGGAGAAGAAAAGCACCAGGAGGCACCAGGCGGCUCCUGAAGGCUCCUCUGCACUGAACGCCUCCCCUCAAGCUUCACCGGAUAUACACACACCAGAUAGUGGAUCCGGUGGUGCAACGGCGUCCAAGAGACCGAGGACGGCGUACACAAACACACAACUUUUAGAACUGGAGAAGGAGUUCCACUUUAACAAAUACCUGGGCAGACCCAGGCGAGUGGAGAUAGCGUCCCUGUUGGAUUUAAGCGAGAAGCAGGUCAAGGUGUGGUUUCAGAACCGCAGGAUGAAGCACAAACGGCAGACGAACCGGGACGGUGGGGGUAAAUGUGUGGAACAUCUUCCGAGUCAAGAGGAGAGGUAUUUCCAAACAAAUUCUUUAAAUUCGCAGCACAAUGAUCUCAGUGAUGUUUCUUUGUGUGAAAAUGAGAAAAAUUCCAAACAUUCCCACAUGGAUUCGUCUUCCACGGCUGCCGUGUGUGGGACCAGAAUAGGCCCAGACAAUGAUCUCUCCCCGGGCUUGCACAGUCAUCUCUCCCCGGGUGCGGACGUCUCUUUCCGGGACCAUGUUUACUCACCGGCCUCUCCAAGUCCGCUGCUUUUAUCUCCACAAAGUUUGGACAUUUUCUCAGAAACGCUAACAACAAUGGACAUGCGCAGUUUAAGCUAUUAAAAAUAAGUUUAUUAUUAUAAUUAAGGUAAGUUAAAAUAAAAAAAACACAUUAUAUUUAGCUUAUAUAUGGACUUGGGUACUACAUUAUUUUUUUUUCUAUUUUCAUUUUGUGUCAGAAUUAUAUUUUCCUGCUAAUAAUAAAUCUUUAUAUGGAUUAUAAUCAAUUUAAUUGUCUUUUUUUUAUUUUACAAAAGAUACAGCCAAUGCAAUGCAAUAAUUAUUUGUCAUAUCUUCCCAAGUAAAUUUUUCUUGCUUUACUUUUAAUGUUUAAACAAAAGCCUCUUUGCGGUUCGAUUCCCCCUGUUUGGAGUCAAGACUUUUCUUGGCUUUGUAAUUAAAUUUUAUUGGCAAUAAAGCUCUCACCAGUGAGGGUGCUUGUUUACUGCCUCUUUGGAGAUGAAAUGGCUUCCUUGAAUUACCAAUCCUUUACUCCGGAUUGUACUUCUUCAAACUUUUAAUGAGCUACGGUAUAAUUUGGAAUGAAUUAAAUGUGCUGCUGUUAUGUAUUAUAAAAUAGAAAGAAAUAUUUUCCUACAAAAAUGAUUGUUCAAUUUGUAUUUGUAUAUAUAUUUACAAUUUUUCAACAUUUUAUUUUUUUCUUAUUAAAGUGGUUGU